AUGUCGCAAGGGCUCCCGGCGGCCGGCAGCGUCCUGCACAGGAGCAUCUCGGUGCCCGGGAACCAGGCGCGGCCACAGAGCCCUGAGGAUGACGACAGGAAGGUCCGGAGGCGAGAGAAAAACCGGGUUGCUGCACAGAGAAGUCGGAAGAAGCAGACCCAGAAGGCUGACAAACUCCACGAGGAGUACGAGAGCUUGGAGCAGGAAAACACAGUGCUGCGGAGGGAGAUCGGGAAGCUGACGGAGGAGCUGAAGCACCUGAGCGAGGCUCUGAAGGAGCACGAGAAGGUGUGCCCGCUGCUGCUGUGCCCCUUGAACUUCGUCCCCUUGCCGCGGGCCGACCCCGUGGCUGGCUGCCUGCCCCGGUGA